AUGAGCCAAAUUGUGAACACGGCGCACGCGAAAAGCACAAUUAACAUACAGCUGCUGGCAGUGACCAUUCAAGUGAUGAGCACCUGUCAUAAGAUUUUCUCCACCACCUACAUCCUCCCAACAAUCCUUGAGAAGCUCAUCAGGAAAAACUGUAAAAAGGUCGAGGCAACUCAGUUCUCUUGUCUCAAAGAGGCCGGAAUCGUUCAGCCAAAGCCAGCAGUUCUAUAUAGAAAGGGAGAGUUCAGUAAUAAAUUUAUUAUGAUACUCACUGGGCGUGCUGUAGUCACAAUUGGAAAAGAAGAAAUGCGCUUAGAAGCGGGAGCAUGGCACAACUUUGGAACCGAAGUUCUGGAUGCAAUGGUGGAGGCAAUUGAUAGAUCAGCUAAUCAAACGACCAGCCGUUCUACGAUGUCUCUGAACACAGAAGUGACCAAUAAUACCAUCGGGUUCAUUCCGGACUUUGAUGCAGUGAUUCUCUACGAAUGUAAGUUUUGCGAAAUUACUGCUCCUGAUCUUCUGCUCGCCUACAACUCCUCUCAAAUCAUGCAAAACAAUUCGAAAGUCCAAGUGGUCCGUUCCAAUUCGAGAUCCAGUUUGAUUGAGGAGAUUCCAAAGGAAACUUCCACUCCCAUUCGCAACGGAAGUGUCAAAUUGCGCACCGUAAGCGAGAGUGAAACAGUCAAAUUGCUGCCAAAGAAUGACACGUGCCAUUUUAAAAAAAUCGCUGAUGCCGAAACAGAAGAA